AUGAUUAAGAAGGCUGAGCACAUAAGGGAAGUGCUCUCUGUUCAACCCAUCAUGAAGAAGGGGAAGACCGAGAUACAAGACAUCAUGAGCUUUUCCAGUAGAGACUUGGAAAGAAUUCAAACCCCUCACAACGACGCCUUAGUUGUGACACUUUGCGUCAAGGACUUCGACAUUAAGAGAAUACUGAUCGACCAGGGGAGUUCGGUUGAGAUCAUGUUCUAUGAUACAUUCAAACAGAUGAAGUUGGAGGACAAGGACUUGGCUCCAGCAACGUCUUCUUUAGUCGGCUUUGACUCACAGCCGGAAUGGUCGAUCGGAAAGAUCAUAUUGCCAGUCAAAGCGGGGUGUGUAACGAAGCAAGUAGAGUUCUGGGUGCUAAACGUACCAUCGACAUACAAUCUGAUCUUAGGGAGGAGUUGGUUACAUCUCAUGCAAGCAGUGGCUUCAACUUAUCACUAG